CGAUUACACAAGAAAACGUCAAUUUUCUGUGUAAGAAGCUCAUUACGUAGAAAUUCUUCAACAUACAAACGAUGAGUAAAAGGAAACGAACUCCCAAUGGGUCGCCAUCUAUUGAAGAACUUACAGAGCGUCUUGUGCCACAGGUUACAACCGCAGUUAUGAAGUCACUGCAUGAUCUGGGGGUACUUCCUCGACAACAACCCGUCCCUGUUGCUGCUAGUUCACAGACAUCAUCUACGCUUGAUCAUACAACCGGUGUGUCGGUACCUCAUCCCGCCAUCACAUCCACUUCAACCACUGGUAGCUUUGAAGCUUCUAAUGGACCAGGUCCAAGCACUUUCGUAGAUGUACAUGUGACUGCACCACCGGAGCCUGCAGACCAAUCCAUACAAAAUAUUCAGGGCAGCUGCAUUAUCCCAGCUUCAUCUUCCUCACAGUCUGAUGCCAGUGCCACACACACACAAGAAUUACAGCUAGAUCAAUCUACACGGCAAAUAACCAUUGGGGCAUUUUCUUCGUUGGAUGCAACAGGUUCGAACACUAAUCUUCCAUCAUUUAACUCAUUAAGGACGCAGAUCGCAUUUAUGCGUUCAUUUUAUCUCUUAUCGAGUACAGCAUGUCGUAUUUAUCCGUCAAAAGAUAUCAGGCGUGUAUGCCGAGGAUCGCAUAAAUGCGAUAUCUGCCUGAUAGUACUGCAUGCCGCUUGACGUGAUUUUACGCUAGUAAGAGUACUAACGAUUGGACUGCUGUCAAAGUCAACUAAUUAAAUAUUUUACACUAAAGAUUUAUAAAACCCGGAAGCGAUCGAAACUAUCAAAAUAUUUAUUAUUUAAGCAUGUAUUUUCAAUAUACUCAUCACUAAAUAUCGCAACUACAAAGUUAUUUCUAGGUAUUGCCUGUUUGAUUUUCUCAUUCUAAUAUACUGCAGAGUCUUUCUUUUUCAUUCAGUAUUUCUAACUUUAUUAAAUAAAGCAUAAUUCUGUUCUUUUAUAAUGUCAUUUGCUUUGAAGUCCAGCGGUAAAUGAUAUUUGAAUAAAUAUAAAAUGAUCAAAUAAUGGCUGUUUUUCUAUGUCAAAUUUUUCUUGAAUAUUGCAGUUUUCCAUAUUCGUGUUACUUCA